CAUUGCAGAGCACCCAUCUGUUGCCGCGAAGCCCGGGCUCCGCCCUCCGCUCCUAACCGCGCCCAGCCGGGUAAGCCCCGCCCACCAUGAGGUGCCCCUCCGUGUUCGAGUCUUCCGGCGCAUGUGGUGGUGAACUUUGACCGCUCGUCCGCUGCAAGUUCCAGGGAACAGCACGCAUGCGCCAUCUCCUCAAAUGGUGUAUGUCCUCAUGCUAGCUGCAGGAGCAGGGGCUGUGGCGGUGGUUCUAGUCCUGCGAUUAUGGAUGGUGCUUCGUACCCAGGACGUUUCUUCCCGGCAGUCUGUCAGUCUCUUGGUGGUAGCUGGGUCGGGUGGGCACACCACGGAGAUCCUGAGGCUACUUGAGUACUUGUCCAGUGCCUACUCACCUCGACAUUACGUCAUUGCUGACACUGAUAAAAUGAGUACCAAUAAAAUAAAUGGUUUUGAACUAUAUCAAGCUGAGAGAAACCCUAGUAACGCGACUACUGAAUACUACAUUCACCGAAUUCCAAGAAGCCGCGAGGUUCGGCAGUCCUGGCUCUCGGCGGUGUUCACCACCUUGCGCUCCAUGUUGGUCUCCUUUCCCCUUACUCUCCGGUUGAAGCCAGAUGUGGUGUUGUGUAACGGACCAGGAACAUGUGUUCCUAUCUGUCUAUCUGCCCUUCUUCUUGGGAUCCUAGGAAUAAAGAAAGUGAUCAUUGUCUACGUUGAAAGCAUCUGCCGUGUGGAAACUUUAUCCAUGUCCGGAAAGAUUCUGUUUCAUCUCUCGGAUUACUUCAUUGUUCAGUGGCCGACUCUGAAGGAGAAGUAUCCCAAAUCUGUGUACCUCGGGCGAAUUGUUUGACAAAUGUCAAUUUACUUUAGAAUUUUGCAGUCAAAAGUAGUAUUUACUAUAAGUGAAAGAAAAACCUACAUGUGUUUUGUAAAAGCUUCUGGAAGUCUUAAGAAUUAUUGAUGGUAAGGAAUCAAAAUAACUCAGUGAAGAAACCGAGGCUUCUCUUACAAAACAAACAUUAAUAAAUAGUAACCAUUAAAUGUUUAUGCCUCUGUACACCAGAUUUCUAGAUAAAAGUGUAUGUCACUCCC